AGAUCUUGCUUUCGGGGAUUUGUUGCAAAAGGAAGUGAAAUCCUGAUAAAAUGGUAGACAAACAAGAGUUGGAAAAUGCUGUGGCCUCAUUGAAAAACGACGUGAAGAAAGCAGAAAACCAUACUAUUCUUAAGAUUGAUCGAAAAUUGAAAGCUUUCAAGCGAACGCUGAAGCAGAUGCCGGGACAUGAGAAAACUAAAAGGAAAAUGCUCAAAUUUGCUGAAGAAAAGAAUGCCCUGAAGAAUAUUUACAAAAACCCGGAGAAGAGAAGAAAGAUUGUCAAGAUUUCGACGCAGGACCUCAUUAAGGUUAUGGCUUCUCCGAAGAGUACUCUGGAAGAGAAAGCAAUUGCCAAGCUUCUCUACCAGAAUGACUUCCUUAAGCAGAGUAUUGAGAAAAUGAAGGAAUCUCUGAAAUUGAAGGAAGAUGAUGCAGAAUGGUUAGAAAUUCUCAUGCGAUCUGGUAAAAAAGUGCAGAAGCAGCAGUCGAUUUCAGAAGUAGAAAAUGAGACAGAUGAUGAAGAAGAAAAAUAUUUAUCCUCUCCUGAAAAAUCGAAUCACAUAUCAAAUUCUUUUGUUUAUAACCCUAAAUCGAAAAUAUAGCAACAAUCCUA